AUGGCAGAAACCACCAGAAUCCUCCACACCACACUCAUACCAAGUUUCUUGCAAAACCCAUCCCCACCUCUCAAAACCACUCACUUUCACUCUCAAACCAUCCUGCGACGAAACCCAAUUCGAUGCUCUAUCUCUACCAGUAGUGACACCACCAAAAGCACCACAACGGACCAUCUUCAGAUUCCGUGGGGCUGCGACGUAGAUUCUCUAGAAAAUGCGUCGGCGUUGCAGAAAUGGCUGUCGGAAUCCGGUCUACCUCCCCAGAAAAUGGGCAUAGAGAGGGUGGAUAUUGGGGAGAGAGGGCUAGUUGCUCUCAAGAAUAUCAGGAAGGGAGAGAAGUUGCUUUUUGUGCCUUCCUCUCUUUUCAUCACUGCAGAUUCGGAGUGGAGCUUCCCAGAGGCUGGUGAAGUUUUAAAAAGGUAUAAUGUACCGGAUUGGCCAUUGCUUGCGACCUAUUUGAUUAGCGAGGCAAGUCUCAUGAAGAAUUCAAGAUGGAGUAACUAUAUAUCAGCCUUGCCUAGACAGCCCUACUCACUUUUGUACUGGACUCGUUCAGAACUUGAUAGGUACCUGGAAGCUUCACAGAUUAGACAGCGGGCAAUUGAAAGGAUUAAUGAUGUUACUGGCACAUACGAUGACUUGAGAUUAAAGAUAUUUUCCAAAUAUCCUCAUUUAUUUCCAGAAGAGGUGUUCAACAUGGAGAGUUUCAAAUGGUCAUUCGGAAUUCUUUUCUCACGAUUGGUCCGGUUGCCCUCAAUGGAUGGAAGGGUUGCCUUGGUUCCUUGGGCCAACAUGCUGAAUCAUAGUUGUGAGGUGGAAACAUUUUUAGAUUAUGAUAAAUCUUCACAAGGUGUUGUGUUCACAACUGAUCGGCCAUAUCAGCCAGGUGAGCAGGUUUUUAUAUCAUACGGUAAGAAGUCUAAUGGAGAGCUACUGCUGUCAUAUGGAUUUGUUCCUGGGGAAGGGACCAAUCCUAGAGAUUCAGUUGAGUUGUCGUUGUCUCUUAGAAAAUCUGACAAAUGUUAUAAGGAGAAGUUGGAGGCUCUGAAGAAGUAUGGAUUGUCAACGCCACAAUGUUUUCGUUUGCAAAUCACUGGUUGGCCUCUGGAGUUAAUGGCAUAUGCUUAUUUAGCAGUCAGCCCCCCAAGUAUGAUCAGACAGUUUGAAGAGAUGGCUGCAGCAGCAUCUAAUAAGACAUCAUCCAAAAAGGAUAUCAGAUAUCCGGAAAUAGAGGAACAAGCACUACAAUUUAUCUUGGAUGCUUGUGAGUCCAGCAUUUCAAAAUACACCAAAUUCCUUCAGGCAAGCGGAUCUAUGGAUUUGGAUGUGACAUCUCCAAAGCAGCUCAAUCGGAAAUUAUUUUUGAAACAACUAGCGGUAGACUUGUGUACUAGUGAACAGAGGAUAUUGUUUCGUUCCCAAUAUUGA